CUUCAGUGCUCCUCUCCAUCCACUCUGAUGUUGCAGACCACAGGUUGAGCUUGUGGAUCAGAAGCCCGUAGAUCCCCUUGUUACCAAAAUGUCGAGUCCGGGUCCUAUGCGGCCAAAAAGCUCGGGGUCAUCACGUUCCAAAAGUCCUAAGCCAAGACUGGUCAGCCCAGGACAUAUGAGAACAAGGACUCCUUCUCCAGGAUACAAUGUAGGCGCAUCUGGAUCUCGGAGCUCUUCCCGUGAAAGAAGUUCGGUUCGGGCUCGGUCCAAGACCCCCAAACGAGGCCGUACGGUCAAGACGGGAGCGGUUGUGAUUGACACCGGGACCGGCACAUGCAAAGCUGGGUUUGCGGGUCAACAGACCCCUGAAGUGUACGUCGGGACAUUGGUUGGACACCCGACGGAGAAGUCUAUGAGGACCAGAAGAGACAGGCCAGAUACGUUUGUUGGAGAUCAGGCUCGGCUGGAAUCCGAUCUGGAGCUCAUUUUGCCCGUAAGACACGGAAUCAUCGUCGACUGGGACGCAGCCGAAACCCUUUGGAGGCACCUCUUCCACGAGCUCAAUGUCCACCCAGAAGACCAUGCCCUUCUCAUGUCUGAUCCUCCCCUCUGUCCAACCACAAACAGAGAGAAACUGGUGGAGGUGGUCUUUGAAUCGCUCAACUCCCCAGGGAUGUACGUGGCCUACCAGUCGGUGUUGUCCGUCUAUGCCCAUGGCAAAAUUAGUGGGCUUGUGGUAGACACAGGCCACGCCGUGACCCACACUGUGCCCGUCCACCAAGGGUACAACCUGCCACAUGCUACGGAAAGGAUGGACAUAGCUGGGAUCAACAUGACAUCCUUUUUGAUGGACCUCUUAAGGGACAUGGGGCAUUACUUUGACGACAGGAUGCUGGAUGUUAUUGAAGACAUCAAGCACAAGUGCUGUUAUGUUGCCUUGGAUUUCGAUAGCGAAUGGACCCGUCCCAAGAGGGACUACAUGAUGGACUACCAGUUGCCCGAUGGCCAGAUGAUCACUUUAGGAAAAGAGAGGUUCCAAUGUCCAGAGAUAUUGUUUCACCCGCCGCAGACCCCUGGACUUUCUCUUCAAGGAGUCCAUGGGAUGGCCCAAAAAAGUCUGCGGAAAGUCCCCGAAGAAUCCAGAAAGGAAAUGUAUGAAAACAUUCUUUUGUGCGGAGGGUCCUCCCUCUUCGAGGGCUUUGAAAAGAGGUUUACGCAUGACAUCAUGACAGGCGUGGCCACCAACACCAAAGUGAAAGUCACAGCCAUCCCCUUGAGGCAAUACUCCGUCUGGACGGGAGGGUCCAUUUUGGCCUCCCUGAAAAAUUUCCAGCCGUGUUGGGUCAGGAGAGAGCAAUACCAGGAGCAUGGCCCGUACAUCGUCCACCGGAAAUGCUACUGAGCGGGGAAGGCUGGGCAUCGUUCCUUAUCACUCAGGGUUGACAGGGUGAGGGGAAGGAGCCAGAAAUAAAUCAGCAUGUUUGCACAGA